AUGGCUUCCAAAUUUCUCGCAGCCGCCGUCCGCCGAUCGAUAUCCCCCAGACUCCUAACACCCAUCCGCCCUCUCUCCACCACCGCGGCGGCCGUGGCGGAACCCUACGAUGAGACCGCCGGAAUCUCAAUGAAAGGGGUAAAGAUCUCAGGAAGACCACUCUACCUAGAUAUGCAAGCCACUUCCCCUGUUGACCCUAGGGUACUCGAUGCUAUGCUCCCAUACUUCGUCUCUCAAUACGGAAACCCUCACUCACGCACUCACCUCUACGGCUGGGAAUCCGAUGAGGCGGUGGAAGUUGCACGACUGCAAGUCGCCAAUCUCAUCAACGCAUCCCCAAAAGAAAUCGUCUUUACAUCCGGCGCCACCGAGUGUAACAACAUCUCUGUAAAGGGCGUGAUGCACUUCUACAAGGAGAAGAGAAAGCACGUAAUCACGACUCAGACUGAGCAUAAGUGUGUUCUCGAUUCAUGUCGUCAUUUGCAGCAAGAGGGUUUUGAUGUCACGUAUCUCCCAGUGAAACCCGAUGGUUUGAUCGAUCUAAACGAGCUCCGAUCUUCAAUUCGGAGCGAUACAGGGCUGGUGUCGGUGAUGGCUGUGAAUAACGAGAUCGGAGUUAUUCAACCAAUGGAAGAAAUCGGUGAAAUAUGUAAGGAAUUCAACAUCCCGUUUCAUACAGAUGCAGCUCAGGCGUUGGGGAAGAUUCCAAUCGACGUCAACAAGUGGAACGUGAGCUUGAUGUCGUUAAGCGGACAUAAAGUGUAUGGUCCGAAAGGCGUUGGAGCUUUGUAUAUGAGGCGGCGACCUCGAAUUAGGGUUGAGCCACAGAUGAACGGCGGAGGACAGGAAAGAGGGAUCAGAAGCGGGACAGUUCCGACUCCAUUGGUGGUCGGAAUGGGAGCCGCCUGCGAGCUUGCAAUGAAGGAGAUGGAAUACGAUGAGAAGUGGGUGACAAAACUGAAAGACAGGCUGCUGAAUGGAGUCAGAUCUAAGCUUGAUGGGGUUGUAGUGAAUGGAAGUACUGAAAGACGAUAUGCAGGUAACUUGAACUUGUCGUUUGCAUAUGUUGAAGGUGAAAGCUUGUUGAUGGGGUUGAAGGAGGUGGCUGUAUCAAGUGGGAGUGCAUGUACUAGUGCUAGUUUGGAGCCUUCUUAUGUGUUGAGAGCUUUGGGUGUUGAUGAAGAUAUGGCGCAUACUUCAAUUAGGUUUGGGAUUGGGAGGAGGGGAUUGACAUCAAGAGUAUACAAUGGUCUCAACACUAACUUAGUGGAGUUGCUGGUGUUUUUACAGGAGACAACAGAAUCCUCAUGGUGGCUAACUCGAUAACAAAGUCAUUGAAGCUGGGGGGGCAACAAACACAAUCUGCAUCUAAAAGACCAAAAUACUAAGAGUAAUAGACAUGCCUAUGAUAAAUAAGGGUCUUUGCAUUCCAAUUGUUAUUUAUAACCUAAACAGCUAAACUAGAUGCAGGAUUACUUUUUGAGUUACUUUUUUUCUUUGUGAUUUUUGUAUUUGUAUAAUUUAUUUUCUUAUACCCUACAUGUUGGUGAUUGUAGUGUCAUCAGGAUAUUUUGUGUAAUUGAAACUUACAUGUGAGCUAAAGGGUUUCAUAAUUUGUA